AUGGUUGGAUCUUUCUCUUUCAUCAAGUCUCUGCCAGUCCUGGCGGCUGGUGCUCUUGCUAGUAUCAGUUACCCAGCUCUUCCAGAUGACUUGACAACUCCUGUUCAACAACGCUUGGCAGUGUACGGCCCUGAUUCCGUCUCUGUUGGUUGGAAUACUUAUGAACAACUGAACCAGAGCUGUGUGGAGUACGGUACAUCAGCGGACGAUUUGAGCUCUCAAACUUGCUCCACUGGCUCAACCACAUAUGCCACUUCGCGGACAUGGUCCAAUGUCGUAAUCCUGAGUGAUCUCACAGCAGCCACCACUUACUACUACAAGAUUGUGUCAACAAAUUCCACAGUGGAUCACUUCCUGAGCCCCCGUACCCCAGGUGACAAGACUCCUUUCAGCAUGGACGUUGUCAUUGACCUUGGUGUUUACGGCACUGAUGGCUUCACCGUCUCUUCUAGCACCACGAAGAGAGACACCAUCCCCAACAUAGAGCCAUCACUUAACCACAGCACCAUCGGUCGCCUCGCCGAUACAGUCGACGACUACGAAAUUGUCAUCCACCCCGGUGAUUUCGGCUACGCAGAUGACUGGUAUCUCAAGCUGCAGAACCUUUUCGACGGCACAGAAGCCUACCAGUCUAUCCUAGAACAAUUCUACGACCAGUUGGCACCCAUUGCCGGACGAAAGCUCUACAUGGCCAGCCCCGGUAACCAUGAAGCGGACUGCUCGGAAAUCCCAUACAUCCUUGAACUGUGCCCAGAAGGUCAGAAGAACUUUACCGAUUUCCUGCAUCGCUUCGAUAAAACCAUGCCUUCUCCUUUCGAUUCAUCUUCCACAAAUACCACAGCACAAGCGCUUGCCAGCAAGGCUCGCAGCCUAGCCCUGCCUCCAUUCUGGUAUUCCUUCGAAUACGGCAUGGCCCACGUCGUGAUGAUCAACACCGAAACCGACUUCACCGAUGCACCCGACGGAACCGAUGGAUCAGCCAAGCUUGACAGUGGCCCCUUCGGUAGCCAGGGCCAACAACUUGAGUUCCUAACAGCCGAUCUUGCAAGUGUUGAUCGCACCGUUACCCCCUGGGUUAUUGUCGCUGGCCACCGUCCGUGGUACUCAACCGGUGGUUCAGACAAUAUCUGCGAUUCAUGCCAGGAUGCAUUCGAGGAACUAUUCUAUACCUACGGCGUAGAUCUUGGAGUGUUUGGACAUGUUCACAACUCCCAACGUUUCACCCCCAUUUACAAUGGGACUGUUGAUGCUGCCAAUUUGACAGAUCCCAAGGCUCCUAUGUAUAUCAUUGCUGGAGGUGCUGGUAACAUUGAAGGUCUUUCGAGUGUCGGAGACGAGCCUUCUUAUACUGAGUUUGCAUAUGCGGAUGAUUGGAGCUACGCUACGCUGAAGCUGCUGGAUGAGCAGAACCUGCAGAUUGAUUUCAUUCGCUCUUCCACUGGUGAGGUUUUGGAUAGCAGUACUCUGUAUAAGUCGCAUAAGACGCAGUUUGUGGUGCAGUAG